AUGUCUCUAGUUUUUGUGCCAACAACUAUACAAAACGAAGAUAACCUAAAUCCUCAGCCUCUCGUCCGUCCUAUAAGGGCUGGGCCAAUUGGGGCAAAGAGGCGUUUCCGAAGCAGCUCCAGCGGUGAUCUCACCCUGCCCUUUGCCAUAGAGGCAUUAAACACUGCUACCUGCUUUAUUGACUGCAUCACUACGAACCAUUUUUGUAUUAUACAUGAGCCUUGCAUUGAUAAGACGCAACUACUUAACAAGAAGUCUGUUCGUGAUAUGAUAUGCGAAAUGAAAACUCGAAUGAUAACUUGCAAUGACAAGUCUAUUAAAAUUAACCAUGACAAUAAUGCAUUAAAUGUUGAUGAUCAUGAAACCACUUUGAAGCGAGCUACAAAGACCUUUGUGAAUGGUGAUCUCACAUUUGAUGCUAUGCUGGAACUUGUAAGCAGCGAGCCUAGGAUUAUAACCAAACUAAAGAAAUGUUCAGAGGUUAAUUCAUGGGGUGUUCCUCUUCGCCUGCGGCUUUGUGGGGGUGGAGAGAGCUCCUUGAAUGCAGCUACAGGUUGGGGUAGCCCACCAACUGCUAAUAAUGCUGGCAAUUGGGGUGGUAGUUCCAGCGGACAAACAAAUAAUGGGACAAACAAUACUCAGCAAUGGAACAAUACGGCGCAACGACCGCCCACUUCACAAGCAGACAUGAAUAGCAAUAAAGGCAAUGGUAACCAAUUACCACCAUCCAGUGGAGCUGCUGCUCAAAGCUGGCAGAGCUCACCCCCAAACAUGCCAAAUGCUCCGCCUAAUAAUAAUGGUGCACCUGCCAGUAAUGGUACAAAUAAUGCAGGAAAUUCUAAUAAUGGAGGCAAUAACCCUGUAAACCCAACAGCAAAUUCAAAUGGGCCUACAGCAACAAACGGAAAUGGUAACAAUGCUAACACAACAUCAUCUGCUAAAAUAGAACAGCUUAACUCAAUGAGAGAGGCCUUAUUCAGUCAAGAUGGUUGGGGUGGUCAACAUGUCAACCAAGACACAAAUUGGGAUGUGCCUGGUUCCCCUGAGCCUGGUUCUAAAGUGGAGCCUUCUGCUGGUGGGCCACCAGCUUGGAAACCCAAUCUUAAUAAUGGUGCAUUCCUUGGGACUGACUUAUGGGAAGCUAAUUUGAGAAAUGGUGGACAACCACCACCGCAACCAGCUGCUAAAACCCCAUGGGGACAUACCCCUACGACAAAUAUUGGUGGAACUUGGGGAGAAGAUGAUGAUGCAGCAGACUCUGCAAAUGUUUGGACAGGUCCACCACCGCCACAGCAAUGGCCAGCCGGGCCCCCACAACAUACCCAACAAUGGGGCGUACCAAAGAAAGACGAUUGGAAUGCAUGGGGAGAGCCCCACAGAGCUGCUGAUCCUAGAUUAGAUCCCCACCGUUCGCAAGAUCCUCGUCAGCAGCCUUCUGACCCAAGACACGACCUCCGAGGGGGAAUAUCAGGCCGGCUUAAUGGAGAUAUGUGGAGUCAGCACCAUCAACACACAGGGGCACCUAACAAAAUGAUGCCAUCUGGUGGAGUUAAUCAGUGGGGUGCUCAGGGACCCAAAGAUCCAAUUAAGUCAUCUGGUUGGGAGGAACCGUCACCGCCAGCCGCACGUCGUGGAUUCGACGACGGUACUUCGCUGUGGGCACAACGGGCCAGCAUAGGGGGUAUGGCUGGCCGUGGGGCACCUCAGGGUCCACCCGCUCCUCAGAGGAUCCCACCAACUCCAACGAAGCCCGACGCCGUUUGGGGCGCACAUUCACAGCGAAAUGGCUCGUGGGAAGAACCACACACGCCCGGUUGGCCCGAUCGCGAAGUGGCUGGCUGGCCUGAUGCAACGGGCCCUGGACUUUGGCCCGCACCGAAACCCAAACCGACGGGUCCCGGCGGUGGCUGGCCUGAUGAUAUUGGCGAAUGGGGCGGACCGAAACUGCCACAGAGUGGACCUUUAGGCAAGCAAAUCCCCAAAGAGUUGUUAUGGAACAGUAAGCAAUUUAGGUACUUGGUAGAGCUCGGCUACAAAAAAGAGGAGGUCGAGGCAGCGCUGCGCAGCCGCGACAUGAACGCUGAGGAGGCCCUAGAGCUGUUGGCGGCGGCGCGAAGCGAUGGCUGGCGGCGGGACGACCACUUCCACCACGCGCCGUUCCAGCCGCCCACCGUGCCAGCGGUGUCACCGGCUGUCGUGCAGAAAAUGCUCAACCAACCCCCACCGCAGCCCGUACAUCAGCACCACUCGUACAACCCUAACAGUGGCAGUAGCAACAGUGGUCAGCCGAGUACGGCCCAACUGCGUAUGUUGGUACAGCAGAUCCAAAUGGCCGUCUCAGCCGGUUAUCUCAAUCACCAGAUCCUCAAUCAGCCACUAGCGCCGCAGACACUAGUGCUACUUAAUCAGCUGUUACAGCAGAUCAAAGUGCUGCAGCAAUUGGUACAACAACACACUUUGGCGAUAUCCAAAGGCAACUCCUCACUUGCGAUGCAAUACACACUGCAAAUUACAAAAGCGAAGCAGCAAAUCACAGCAUUACAAAAUCAAAUAGCAACCCAACAAGCUCUCUACAUGAAGCAGCAAGCUGGUGGUGCAGAUCUGUUCAAGCAGAGCCAUGAUCCACUUGUCCAUUUGCAGAACAAUUUCAGUGACAUGAGUAUCACCAAGGACACUCAACCGGCCUAUGGUGCUAGCGGCAACCAGCAGUCGCGCCUUAACCAAUGGAAGCUGCCCUCAUUAGACAAGGAUGGAGAGGGUUCUGAGUUUAGCCGAGCUCCAGGCACAGCUAAAUCUACCACCAGUCCCCAGCUGAAUCAACUUGGGUUACAGCCCGAUUCCACAUGGGGCGUCGGGCGCAGCACGGAGGGCUGGGGCGACAGCGGCGCCGACGUGGCCGACGGCAAGGACGCCUGGGGCUCCCAUCCCGCCCACCAGCCAGUCUACGAUUUGGUGCCAGAGUUUGAGCCCGGCAAGCCGUGGAAGGGCAAUCAGAUGAUGAAGAACGUCGAGGACGAUCCCGCGAUGACGCCCGGCUCCGUUGUGCGCUCGCCUCUUUCCCUCGCGACCAUCAAGGACUCGGACAUGUUGGGCGGGAAGACUUCGCCCCCUGGGGGCGAACGCUCCCUGUCGUCGUCCACGUGGAGCUACGCCCCGCCGGUGAGCAGCUCGGGCGCGACGGGCGCCACCGGAGCCCUGAAGUCGGACGCGUGGGGCACGAAGCCCCGGCCCGCGCCCCCCGGCCUCAACAAGGCCUGGCCGCAGCACCACGUCAACCAGCGAACGCUCCCCUCUUGGCAGGCGUCCACUUGGCUGCUUCUGAAGAAUCUUACUGCACAGAUUGAUGGAUCAACACUGAAGACAUUGUGCGUCCAGCACGGUCCAUUGCAAAACUUCCAUCUGUACUUGAAUCAGGGGCUCGCGCUUGCACGCUACUCCACGCGCGAGGAAGCUGCUAAGGCGCAGAUGGCACUGAACAACUGCGUGCUGAGCAACACGACGAUAUUCGCGGAGUCGCCGGCCGAGUCCGAGGUGCAGAUGAUCCUGCAGCACCUGGGCUCCGGCGGCGGCGGCGCGUGGCGCGGACAGGGCAAGGACGGCUGGGGCUUCCCCGGCCUGUGGCCCGACCAGCACGAGCAGCGCGCCACGCCCUCCUCGCUCAACUCCUUCCUGCCUCCCGACCUCCUCGGCGGCGAGUCCAUA